AGAUGAUCGCUCAAGGUCUCCGUUCUCUCACCCAGCGUGUUGUAUCCAAGCCCGCCUCUUCCCGAUCCAUGAGCCUCUGGCAGAAGUCGAUCAAGGAGUUGAGCCGUGAGGAAGUCUGGCCCUUUCUUGCUGGUGGUGUGAUUACUGGCAUCAUCGUGUGGAAAAUGACCCCCUCUUCCAAGUCGGAGUAUGCCAAGCAUUCUACUUUCCAGCAACGUUGCGACGGAACCUACAAGCCUCACCAUCACUAAAGUGUGUGUGUGGCUGAAACCAAUAGUUGACUCCCAGUCAUACGCGAGCCAAGCUGCGAAUGCUUGUUUGUUUCACAAUAAAUUGCGGCAAGAUAGUA